GACUGGCCUUGUCCUGCCAGACGGUGCUGCUCGCCUGCGGCCGUCGCAACAUGGACGCCCAAUCGCUCAAAGCGUUGUUCGAUGCCUCCUUUCAUCUCGAUCCCAAUGUCCGAAUGGCAGCAGAACUCGAGCUCAGGAAGGUCGAGGGCGCAGAGGGGAUGGUGUCCGCCGUUCUGCAGCUUCUGAGCUCGCCCGAUGUACCGUUUCCAACUCAACAGGCGGCCAGCGUUUAUCUCAAGAAUCGACUGGCACGGUCAUGGUCUACCGACGUGAUACUGCAGACAGACAAGCCUCAUCAAGUGCCGAUACCCGAAUCCGACAGGCUCGCGCUGAAACGCAACCUGCUUCACGUCCUCGUCUCUGUCAUUCGUUCCGGCACGGGAUCCAGCGUCAAGACUCAGCUACAAGCAGCGCUAGGCACAGUCGUCGACUCUGACUUUCCAGAGCAAUGGCCAGACCUAUCACAGCAAGUCUUGGAAGCCUUACAGAGCCACGACCUCGCCAGAAUCGAAGCCGCUCUCCUCGUACUCGUCCAGAUCCACAAGCUCUAUCGAUUCUCAAGGUCGAAGAGAGCCGUACCAGAUGGCGUCAUGGCUGCUUGCGCCGGCCUGCUGUGUAGCAUGGGAAAUGAGAUACUCGCCUCUGCACCUUCGCCUGCCUGUCCGCCAGAGGCAGGCCAACUCCUCUAUCUCAUCUUCAAGGUCUACUCGCUCUCGAUACGCGUCGAAAUAUCGACAACCCAACAGGCCGACGAAAGCAUAGUACCCUGGGGAAAACUCAUGCUCGCUGUCGUCGCCAGACCGCUCGAUCCUGCGGCAGUGCCGGAUGAUUUGGACGACCGAGAGCGCUUUUCAUGGUGGCGCGCAAAGAAAUGGGCUUACCGCAAUCUCAACGCCCUCUUCGUAUCGUUCGGCUGCUUGUCUCACUUGCGGCCGGAUCGCAUACACUACAAGCCGUUUGCGAAGCACUUUCAAUCGACUUUUGCGCCAGAGAUACUGCGACUAUACCUUGUCCAAAUCGAACAUGCCUGCAGCGGCACACAGUGGCUCUCCGAGCGAUGCCGCAGGCUCAGCCUGGAAUUCCUGACUAAUUGUAUCAAACCCAAGGACAUGUGGGCGCUAUUGAGGCCUCAUGUCGAUGCCAUCGUCGCUGGCUUCGUCUUUCCGACCGUUUGCAUGUCCGACGACGAGAUCUUACAAUUCGAUGAGGAUCCUGUAGAGUUUGCCAAAACACAUUAUGGCUCUUUUGUCGAAGACUACUUUCGUUCGCCAGCAUCUGCAGCAUCAGACUUUAUCGAGUCUCUGGUCUCCGAACGUCCAAAGUCGACGCUGGGUGGCCUACUCAGUUUCAUCAACAGUGUAGUAACUCAAUAUCCAGCCAAAUACGAAGCACGCCAGAAAGACGGUGCUCUGCGAAUGAUGCUCUCUCUCGUGCCAUUUAUCCUCAAGAGCGAGGCAUACAAGCUCCAGCUCGAGCCCUUCUUCGUCAACUACAUCAUACCCGAAUUCGACAGCGGGCAAGGAUACCUACGCGCUCGCGCGUGCGAGUUAGCUGAGGCUUGCGAGCGACUGGAUCUGCCCUGGAAAAACCUAGACGACUUGCAAAAGCUCUUUGCUUGUAUCUCGAAAGCCAUGAGCGAUCCAGCCCUUCCGACGCGAGUCCAGGCCGCUAUUGCUCUCCCGGAGCUGAUUCGAUACGACACGAUUCGAGACGUCAUUGCGCCUCAGAUAGGGCCCCUCAUGCAGCAAUUACUAGACAUGCAAUCCGCGCUCGAGCAUGACGCGCUCACGGAGACCUCCCGCCAACUCGUUGCCAACUUCUCAGACGAACUGAUACCGUUUGCCGCCGAGCUCACGGGCCAAUUGACGCUAUCUCUGACGCGAAUAUUACAGGAGAACUACGAAGCCGAAGAGCGCGCCAAAGCAGGCACGAUGGACGAUAGCGAGGCGCAGGCGACCGACGAUCGCACCAUCACUGCUAUUGGACUCAUCAAGACCAUCCUACAGCUUGCGAGUUCAGUGGAAUCGUCACCGGAAUUGCUCGGCCAGGUGGAAGAGCGUGUCAUGCCCGCCCUGGCAUUCAUACUGCAGCAUUCGCUAUUUGAGCUCUACGACGAUGCAUUUGAGCUGAUCGACGCGCUAACAUAUCAUCGCAAGAUGAUCUCCGAGCCAAUGUGGAAGCUCUUCGAGCUAACCCAUCGAACUUUCAGCGAAGAUGGCAUCGAUUUCCUCGACGAUAUGAUGCCCAGUCUCGACAACUUCAUCGCAGUGGGGAGAGAAGCUUUGGGGCAGCACGCCGAGCAUAAGGCCAUGCUACUCGAUAUGUUGACGACGGUGAUGACGAGCGAUCGUCUGGGCGCAGAGGAUCGCGCAUCAGCUUGCAAGCUCGCAGAGACUGCCUUCCUCAAUCUCAAUGGCCACUUCGACGAGGGCCUGGCGCCCCUUAUUGGCUUAGCGAUGCAAGCUCUGCGGCGGCAGGACCCCAAAGCAGAUCCGGUCAUCUCUGACCGACAGAAGCUACACUGUAUCACACUCAUCAUCUGCGCAAUCAACUACGAUACGGCCAAAGCGCUCGCUGUGCUGGCGCAGAGCGACAGCGUCUGGCCGUUCUUUUCGAUCUGGUUUGCAAAUCUAGAAGAGCUCGUGCGCGUCUUCGAUCGCAAGCUGGGCAUUGCUGCGAUUUGUAAUCUCUUGCAAGCGUUACCCAGCCUGCCUGAUCUUGCGAGUGCGGCCCCACAGCUCCUCGCAGGAUGUGUCACCAUCUUUGCCGGCCUUCCGACGUCUAUCAAGAGCCGCGUAGAGCUUGAUCAGGCAUUCGAGGUCGACUCGGACGACGAAGAUGGAGCGGAUGAUGCAGAGGGCGAUAGCGCCGAACCUGAUGAUCGCGACGAUGAGGAUGCAGACGAUGGGACGGGCGCAGGAGGAAUAGAUAGCGAGCUGGACGAAGAUGAAGAAGAGGACGACGAGGAGGAUGAUGACGAUCUCGAGUCAACGUGGUCCGAGGAAGUGAUGUAUGCGACGCCGAUGGACGAUUUUGACUCGUAUCGUCACUUUGCAAGCGUGCUGUCUCAGCUCGAGUCGGCAAACCCAGAGAUCUACGCAGCUGCAACACGCUCACUCACCGUCGCUCAACAAUCCGAGCUGGCCAAGAUAGCCCAUCAAGCGAGUCACGGAGGAGAAGCCAAGCUGGUCAGCGAGACCGAGGCUGCAGAAAACAAGGCAGCCGCAAGCGCGACAUGAGUGCAAAUGCAUUCUGUUGUUGGCCGUCCGGAACGCGCCAAUCUACUCGAGCUUGAUGUCGACCUCCUGCAUGCCGUCAAGUGAGCGCGAUCAGACAAGCCAAACGAUGAGCGCACGAUGUUGCCUCGCGUCGCUCGCGAGUAUGGGCAGAGCUCGUGAGCCUUCUUGAGGAGCUCUUCAGCGCCCGAGCGGUCGAGACCGGA